AUGUUCUCAGUGGACAGCGAUACAGAUGUGGAGGAGGAGGAGCCAAAUCCAGAUGUUGGGAGCCCAAAAACACCCAAAACGACCCAAAAAGAUCUCAAAAAUCCAGAUGUGGCAGCAGAGACCCCAAAUCCAGCUGUGGCUACAGAGACCUCAAAUCCAGAUGUUGGGAGGCCCAAAAACAGGAUCCAGAUGUUGCUGGGGGUGGACAGCGACACAGAUGUGGAGGAGGAGGAGCCAAAUCCAGAUGUUGGGAGCCCAAAAACACCCAAAAUGACGCAAAAAGACCCCAAAACUCCAGCUGUGGCAGCAGAGACCCCAAAUCCAGAUGUUGGGAGCCCAAAAACACCCGAAAUGACCCCAAAACCCCCCAAAACUCCAGCUGUGGCAGCAGAGACCCCAAAUCCAGCUGUGGCAGCGGAGACCCCAAAUCCAGAUGUUUUGGGGGCCAAAAAGGGGCUCCAGGUGUUCUCAGUGGACAGUGACACAGAUGUGGAAGAAGAACCAAAUCCAGAUGUUGGGAGCCCAAAAACACCCAAAAUUACCCCAAAAGACCCCAAAACUCCAGCUGUGGCCACAGAGACCCCAAAUCCAGAUGUGGCAGCAGAGACCCCAAAUCCAGAUGUUGGGAGGCCCAAAAAGGGGCUCCAGAUGUUGUCAGUGGACAGUGAGACAGAUGUGGAGGAGGAGCCAAAUCCAGAUGUUGGGAGCCCAAAAACACCUGAAAUGACUCAAAAAGACCCCAAAACUCCAGCUGUGGCAGCAGAGACCCCAAAUCCAGAUGUGGCAGCAGAAACCCCAAAUCCAGAUGUUGGGAGGCCGAAAACCAGGAUCCAGAUGUUGCUGGGGAUGGAGAGUGACACAGAUGUGGAAGAAGAGCCAAAUCCAGAUGUUGGGAGCCCAAAAACACCUGAAAUGACCCAAAAAGACCCCAAAACUCCAGCUGUGGCAGCAGAGACCCCAAAUCCAGAUGUUGGGAGGCCCAAAAAGGGGCUCCAGAUGUUCUCAGCGGACAGUGAGACAGAUGUGGAGGAGGAGGAGGAGGAUCCAGAUGUGGCCACCCAGCUGUUCCUGCCUGUGCAGGAGGAGCCCAAUCCAGAUGGUUCUCCACCCCCAAAAAGACCCAAAACGACCCCAAAACCUCCAGGAGUUCCAGAUGUGGCCCCAGGGCCCUCCAAUCCAGAUGUUUUGGGACCCCCAGACCCCCCCAGGGCUCCAGAUGUGGCCCCAGGGCCCUCCAAUCCAGAUGUGCAGGAGGAGCCCAAUCCAGAUGUUUCUCCACCCCCAAAAAGACCCAGAAGGGCCCCAAAAGCUCCAGGAAUUCCAGAUGUGGCCCCAGGGCCCCCCCAUCCAGAUGUGCAGGAGGAGGAGGAUCCAGAUGUGGCCACCCAGCUGUUCCUGCUCCCCCAUCCAGAUGUGGACGAGGAGGAGCCCAAUCCAGAUGUUUCUCCACCCCCAAAAAGACCCAGAAGGGCCCCCAAACCCUCAGGAAUUCCAGAUGUGGCCCCAGGGCCCUCCAAUCCAGAUGUUAUGGGACCCCCAGACCCCCCCAGGGCUCCAGAUGUGGCCCCAGGGCCCUCAAAUCCAGAUGUGCAGGAGGAGGAUCCAGAUGUGGCCACCCAGCUGUUCCUGCCCCCCCAUCCAGAUGUGCAGGAGGAGCCCAAUCCAGAUGUUUCUCCACCCCCAAAAAGACCCAAAACGACCCCAAAACCUCCAGGAAUUCCAGAUGUGGCCCCAGGGCCCUCCAAUCCAGAUGUUUUGGGACCCCCAGGCCCCCCCAGGGCUCCAGAUUUGGCCCCAGGGCCCUCCAAUCCAGAUGUGGAGGAGGAGCCCAAUCCAGAUGUUUCCCCACCCCCAAAAAGACCCAGAAGGGCCCCAAAACCACCAGGAAUUCCAGAUGUGGCCCCAGGGCCUUCAAAUCCAGAUGUUUUGGGGCCUCCAGACCCCCCCAGGGCUCCAGAUGUGGCCCCAGGGCCCCCAAAUCCAGAUGUGCAAGAAGAUCCCAAUCCAGAUGUUUCUCCACCCCCAAAAAGACCCAAAAGGGCCCCAAAAUCUCCAGGAAUUCCAGAUGUGGCCCCAGGGCCCUCCAAUCCAGAUGUUUUGGGGCCCCCAGACCCCCCCAGGGCUCCAGAUGUGGCCCCAGGGCCCUCAAAUCCAGAUGUGCAGGAGGAGGAUCCAGAUGUGGCCACCCAGCUGUUCCUGCCCCCCCAUCCAGAUGUGCAGGAGGAGCCCAAUCCAGAUGUUUCUCCACCCCCAAAAAGACCCAAAAUGACCCCAAAAGCUCCAGGAAUUCCAGAUGUGGCUCCAAAUCCAGAUGUUGGGACAG